GACAUCUAUAAGAAUCGCCGGGACGGCGUCCGGAUGGUUUUUUUGGAAGUACUUGAUUUGACAAGUCUCCAAGGCGUUUUUGUUUUACAUGAGGUACGGUUUUAAGGCUGGUUGGAUUUCAACCCGCGCAUUUAGUUCUGUAAUACCACAACGUGGAAAUAUAGCCUUCACAUCACCAUUGGCACACAUACCCCUUUGGCGUCUGAACACCUGUUACUCCCUCUCGCAAAAUCGGACGAUGGCUAGCGCAAAGUCUAUCCAGUUAUCCGUGGAGGAUUCUGGAGUUUUCAGCUCCAAUCCCAGGGCAGAUUCCGCGAAAAAAGCGAGCCAGCUACUGCAAGAGGAUAUGAAAUCCCACCAUAUAUUUUUCAAUGAUUCUGGGUUUCAUAACCACACCGUCCAUCAUGUUUUGUCCAUUUUUGCGCUGGGCGCCUCUCCCGAGGACAUUCAAUCCGCAUUUGAUCGGGCGGCAGAGUAUCAACGCCCCGCCCGUCCGGUGAAUGAGGAUAUUGUCAAGAAGCUGAGCAAUAGAGACGAGUUCAAAGCUUUGGCGGGCACAAGAGAAGCGUAUCCUCAUUUUUUGGAGUUCUUCCAACGAGAGAUCGAAGCCAGAGGCACCGAGGAGGUUGUUAAUGAGUAUAUCUUCGCAGGCGACGAGUUUGCCGAUGAUAUGCUUGCGAGAACUUUUGGAGGCUUGGUUCAUCCGUUCAUUCACUUGGGCUUUGCUCUGGAGUUUAAACAACCAGCACUUGUUGCUCAGGCCCUUGCGCAAACAGCUGUCCAUGAACCGAACAUGAAGGGCUUUUUUAUGUCUGCCGAGAAGCAAGCCGGCGGUGUUGGACAGACCGGGAAGAAAACUUUGAUUGAACUUCAAGCUGAGUGCCGUGCCGACCCACGAGUGCGGGAUUCGGCUCACUGGUCCGAUACAAACAAAUUCUUCGAUGGAGUCUUGAAGAGGGCUCCAGAAGAAAUGGCUAAAAUUGCCGGUGAAUUCACUGUUGGACCCGACCAAAUAGAAGAACGGGUUGCAGAAUUGAUCAAUGCUGUUGUCUAUUACACUGGAGCGGCGCAAAAUCCCCCAAAGAAGAUUAAAUUUGACUUCUUCUAUAUUCAUUGCGUCAAUAGCGCUAUUUUCCUACCAGUUUUCCUAGCUUUGCCAUGGAUAAGCCGACAUAAUAAACAGCGAUUGUUGGAAUGGAAAGGUCGCAUGGACUUGCUCACAUACGUCUCUCGAGGCGACGUUGAGCCUCGUAUUAACGAGAUCACUGACUACAAGCCGGUUAGGUCGUGGCACGAAGUGUUCACAACGGCAUUUGUAAAUAAAAAAGAAGACGGCCAUGCUGCUAAACUGAUGCGAACAUUGGCCUAUGCGGAGAAGGCCUGCAAGCGUUAUGAGAAUAAGGAUGGCUUCCUGGUUAAAGGUGAUAUGUGGCUCAAGUUAGGCAAUAUGGUUGCCGAUUCCAUCCAGGGCCCAGAACGAUUGUGGGUUAUGUCAACUGGGUUCCCUGAAGCAUGGGAAGAUAUCCCAGACCGCCCACGGCUCUAGAUUGGCGCUACCAUGAUGGGCCUAGAUUUUAACUGUGGACCCGAAUAAUUCUUGUUGUCAUUAUUUAUUGUAAUCUGUGAAUUCCCUCAAUGGAAAACGGGUAUGUAUAUAUUUGGGAAGUAUUUUGCAACCUAAAAUGUCAUAUAUCGGUUUAAGCAAAUGGAGCUCGCUCAAUUUGCCAUCAUGAUGAUUGGAGUGUUGGUACCUACAGUACUAACAUCAUGAUAGCAUGAAUGGGCCGGAUCAUAGCCGGUGCUCAUUGAUAAGGCAAAGUACAUGUAACAAAGAUCAUCUGAUCACUUUUCGACAUCAAUUGCAGUUUAUAUUUUCCCAGAAUUGGUUCCCGAGUGACACAGACGAGCACGGACGUCGUUGCAUCGCCUUAUCCACAUCCCGUCCACCAUUAUUAUAGAGGCCCCUAUUAAAAUCUCUGUCGAUGAUUGAGAGGCUUGGGUCCUCUACGUGUCUGCCUAUCUGCUCCCGAAUUGUAGAUUGCUUUCCAUUCAGGUUAGUUUGUGUCCUUGCUAGAAGUUCAUGCUAGAAGACACUAGGUAUGCUUCAUCUCCAUGGCGGGAAGAGCAGAACGCUCGGCGAUACGAUGUCGCACACUGUGGAACCUGGGCUCUCUAUUAACGAAGAGACGCCAAAAUUGGGCUGGAGACUUCAGUAUUUCUUCACAUAGGAUUCUUCUGAGACGACCGUAUGAUUUCUUCGCCGUUUGUAUGAAAAUCAUUUUCAAGAUUUUCUAUCAAUCUGCUUGUCUUCUCCAGGCUCCUCUUGAACGGAUCGAUUUGAAGCAGAGAGCGAAUGACCAGUGUAACUUUUCUUCGGUAAGUAGGGUGCGAACUUAGGUAGUAAUUACGCCGAAGCGCUGCAUCUAUUUUCUCGAG